UCUCAUAGAAAUAGGGAAUGGCCAUGAAAUAGGCCAAAUGUUUAUCAGUAUGAGGGACCACUGACACCUUGGCCCACCGGGAGUUUUCCUGGUAUCCCAUUGGGCCAGUCCGACACUGCCUACUGGACAGUCUCCUCCUACUAUAUAGUCUCCUCCUACUGGACAGUCUCCUCCUACUGGACAGUCUAAUCCAACUGGAUAGUCUGGGCAGUGACGUCACAAUGGGAGGGUGCAGGAGCUGUAGGUGGUGAGGUACAAUUCACAUGUAAUACCUGCCCCAGCCAUAGCUGCUGAUUUACCCCAGUGGGGUGGCAGCCCUAACCCACCCAACUCCGCACCAGUGACAUCACCGUGGCAACUAUGUCCAUUAGUGACAUCAUCAGAGGCGGAGCACAGGCUGAAAAUGAUAUUUUGUUUUUACCUGGGGAUAAAGGAAUACCCUGGAAGCAUCUCGUCUGGUUCUGGUCCUCGGUCACAUGACCCAGUACAAAGGUUCUACUUACAGUAAUGAGGCAAAUUCAUUUAGUUUCCCUAUAAAUAAUGCACUUUCCUGUUACGCCUCCAUCUGACGUGGAAUCUGGUUGCUAGGGUCGUUAAAAGUAUCUGGUUGCUAGGGAGAAUUCUACUUAUGUACAUCCCCAUCCCAGGCCCAUUAGCAGAGCUGCUCCCCUGUUUGCCUUCAUACUGGGACAUGGAAUCAGCUACCUGUGCCUUUAAAUCCCGUCCCUGCAUCAUCCCCUCGGCUGGAUGAAUAGUGAGCUGUGCCUUUAAGGAUAAAAUCCCUGCCGUAAAAGCAGGACAAGACUGUUGUGAUUUGGUGGAAGGGAAGCUGAGUAACAAAGAAAUUCAGCAAAAAAAAAUCAUUAUGAUGCUGCCCCAGCCCCACCCCUCUCUGUGUAUAACAGCACCCAAGCCCUGGAAUAAUGAGCACCCCUGAAAGCUUAGCACCCGGGUGCAGCACCGCCAAUCAUUUCAUUCUUACUCCCUCUCUCUUCAUCCUUUGUCUUUAAAUGAUUUCUAAAUGUUAAUACAGGAGCAUUUUUGAGCCAUAUGUGAAAUCAUUCUGACACUGUCCCAAGGAGCUUACACUCUAAUGGUAUAAUGGGAGAUGCUUCCCUGGAGAGCUUACACUCUAGUGUUAAAAUGGGAGAUGCUUCCCUGAUAAGCUUACACUCUAGUGGUAUAAUGGAAAAUGUUUCUCCGGUGAGCUUACACUCUAGUGGUAAAAUGGGAGAUGCUUCCCUGAGAAGCUUACACUCUAGUCGUAUAAUGGGAGAUGUUUCCCUGGAGAGCUUAUACUCUAGUGUUAAAAAGGGAGAUGCUUCCCUGAGGAGCUUACACUCUAGUGGUAUAAUGGGAAAUGUUUCCCUGGAGAGCUUACACUCUAGUGUUAAAAUGGGAGAUGCUUCCCUGAGAAGCUUACACUCUAGUGGUAAAAUGGGAGAUGCUUCCCUGAGAAGCUUACACUGUAGUCGUAUAAUGGGAGAUGUUUCCCUGGAGAGCUUACACUCUAGUGGUAAAAUGGGAGAUGCUUCGCUGAGGAGCUUACACUCUAGUGGUAUAAUGGGAGAUGCUUCUCCAAGUAAAUUACAGUCUACUAGACUGUAAGUUCCUUGGGACAAGGUCUCCCAUCAUAACACCCUUAUAAUCCCUUCCCCAAAGAGCUUACACUCUAUUGAUAUAAUGGGAGACCUUGUCCCAAGGAGCUUACACUCUAGUGGUAAAAUGGGAGAUGCUUCCCUGGAGAGCUUACACUCUAGUGGUAUAAUGGGAGAUGCUUCCCUAAGAAGCUUACACUCUAGUGGUAUAAUGGGAGAUGCUUCCCUAAGAAGCUUACACUCUAGUGGUAUAAUGGGAGAUGCUUCCCUGAGGAGCUUACACUCUAGUGGUAUAAUGGGAGAUGCUUCCCUGAGAAGCUUACACUCUAUUGGUAUAAUGGGAGAUGCUUCCCUGAAAAGCUUACACUCUAGUGGUAUAAUGGGAGAUGCUUCCCUGAGAAGCUUACAAUCUAGUGGUAUAAUGGGAGAUGCUUCCCCGAGGAGCUUACACUUUAGUUGUAUAAUGGGAGAUGCUUCUCUGAGAAGCUUGCACUCUAGUGGUAUAAUGGGAGAUGCUUCCCUGAGAAGCUUACAAUCUAGUGGUAUAGUGGGAGAUGCUUCCCUGAGGAGCUUACACUCCAGUGGUAUAAUGGGGGUUCUGCCCUGAGCAGCUUACACUCUAGUGGUAUAAUGGGAGACCCUGCCCGAAUGAACUUACUUCCUAAUGGUAUAAUGGGAGACCUUUCCCCAAGGAGCUUACACUCUGUUGGUAUAGGAGCUUGCAAUCUGCUGGUUCCUUGCAGUACAUUUCCCAGAGUGCUGUGGGCACCUGUAUGCUGCCGCACAGACUAUUGAGAAUCAGAUGAAUGAGAUGAAAGGCGCAUAGUUGAAGUGCAGGCUCAUUAGCCGAGCGCCCGGACGUUACCAGGAGAGACCAAGUGCAACACUGGCUGUCUGUAUUCAUGAGCGGGGGAUUAUUUCAGCAGCCAGGGGGGCAGUGCCAUUAUUUGCAGCAGCAGGGUCUGGAGAGUGGGGGUAUAAAUAGAGAGCGCUGAGAUAAUGGGGAGAGAGAGAGACAGGUGAGACAUACAAACAACUGAGCGCAGGCAGAGGAGGUAAAGGAGCAGGGGGGCCCCACAGUUAAUGCAUUAAAGGGCCCCCACAACUUCCAGAGGUUGAUCUGCUUUAUUAAUAUAUAUUGAAUUUCCUCAUUAUUGAGGGACCCCAUCAGCCCCACUGCAUCUGGGAGGAAGAUCAGAGCCCCUACUCACAAGAGCUUACACUCCAAAGCUGUGGGGAACAAGUGCCACCCAUGGGUGCUGAGGAGAAGUGAUGAUCCAAUAUGGGAUGUUGACCCGGGGCAGGAACCACUGAAGGGUUAAAUCCGCUGGACUGAGAAUUUAUUGCACCAAAGCCAACGAGUCGGAGAUUUCCUCGAAGGAACAUAGAAACUGUGCCAAGACUGGGGGCCGGCACCCUCUGGAAUUGGGCAAGGAAGGGUGACGUAGCACCCAAUGUGUCUAUACAGGUGCCCAGACUGAUAGGGACACGCACUGCUGCAUGAUGGGAUACAUAUCACAGGGUAGCCAUGGAAACAGAGGACUUUGAAUAGACAGAUCCAGUAAGGAUUCCUGAAUGAUUUUUACAGACCCAGUGUCUCCUGACAUCACUUUUCCACCCAACCCCAAGAAGCCUCUUCCAAGGUCAUGUUCCGCUCCAAGAAGAAGGUGGUGCACUCCUACCCCAACAUCCUCACCCCUGACCAGAUCCCCAAGUUCUUCAUCCCUCCAAAACUUUCCCCAGCGCUGGUCAGGGCAGGAUAUGGCAGAACAGGGAUGGAAAAGAGACAUGAAGGGUUAAAGCCCAGCCCCAAGGCUUUGCUGAAGUCAGCGCACCGCCAUGUUAUUCAAGUUGAAGAUGUAGAGGGUGAGAUGGAGGCACCAGAUCCAGUGACUCAAGGGCCUUUUUCUGCUCCUCUAAUGGGGGGUCUCUAUUUGUCUGAAAGUCCCAACACACGCAGAAGGGAGUCUCUCUUUCAUGAGAGGUGCCAGACUCAUGGACCUUGUGAGAUGGCCUCAUUGUCCCCACUGGAUGGAAGUACCAGGCCAAGCUGGAGAAACUCAACCUCAGACUUGGAGUUACAUCAGGUCUCACUUGGAGCUAUGGACAGUGACACCACUUCUUCUGCCGACUCCUCUCCCUUCAGUUCUCCUCUGCUCACCCGUUCCAUGGCUGGGAGCUUGGUCGGCCAAGUCUAUGAUAAGCAACGCCAGUUUGGUCGCCCUCUAAGCAGCAAAGCCUUGGACCGGACAAGCUCCCUGUCCACUGAGGAGACCAGUUCAGCAGACACCAGCCCCUAUGUCACUCGCAGAGACAGCCAACGGGGGUUAGGACUUUCCAUGGUCCAUCUGGUCCCACCACCAGUUUUUCAUCUUGACUUUAUCUGCUGCAAGGAGAGGUUGACCAAAGAAACUGAGGUCCUGAUAGACAAGGGAGGGCUUCUGCGCUUGUCUGCUGAGUACAUAAAGGAGAUGGGGCGCCUUAGGGUGAAGCUGGUCAGUGCAGAGAACCUGUACCCACCCUAUCAGGACCCCAAGAACAUUAGCUGCUGUGCAGUCAUGUGCCUACAGCCAGGGAAGCAGCAGAAGCAGAAGAGCACUGUCAUACGCAGGAGUCGGAACCCCAUCUUCAACGAGGACUUCUUUUAUGAAGGGGUGGAGAAGUCGGAGCUGGACACCAGGAGCCUUAGGGUGAAGGUUGUAAACCAGGGGUCCGGCAUGCGCAGAGACCAAUUGUUGGGUCAUACCGAGCUCAGGCUCUGCUCCAUCCUACCACCUUCAUAGAGUGGCUGAGGGUCUCGGUAUCUGUGGUUGGAGGAGGCCAAUUGAGGAAACUCAAUAUCCUACUCAUGUUCUUCCAACCAUCAGUCCAUCAGACUCGAUCACUAAGCACCCACUUUAACCAAUGACUGGGAGCUAUAUAUAUAUAUAUAUAUACUAUAUAAUAUACUGACAGGCUAUUUAUUGUUCUUGUAUAUACAUGUAAUACCUCUUAUUCCUAUCUGUAACCCUCCAUAGAAACCCACUUGUUGCUCCAUGUAACUUUCCUAGUGACUCACCACUCACCCUUACACCCACUAGCCUCAUGGGAAGAAUAUCUGUUUGCAGGACUCGGGGUUCCCCUAUAAAGUUCUGUUUGCCUGGAAAGUAAGUGUUGGGGUGCUACUGUAAAGGCCACGGCUGUUCCCUAUUGAUUCUCCCCUAUUUAUCAAUUGAAUGAUUUAAAUUUUAAUUCAAGUAUUCCUCCUAUUGGCACAGCCCAGAAUCACAGUGGGUGGUUUUGUUGGUGAAGCAGGGGAUAUGUGGGUGUAACUGGGCAUUUCUGGGAAGAUUGGGGUGCAGCAUUACAUAUCUAAUAUCCAGGGAUGUGUAAGAGAAGCUGUCUGUCCAUCAUAAAGUGUCUGACUAUA